AGGCUACAUGAGACGUUUAUUUGUUCUAACUUAUUUACGUUUUGAUAUUUAAAUAGAUGUUUGAUUGCUCUCGUCUAGGGGCGCAUCAGUCGCAGCCUUGAGAAUCGAUUUUUUUUCACAGCAACUAGUCCCUAGUCAUUAUCUGAACACUACAACAAAAGUAGUUCAACUGUACUGUACCCUACAACAUGUCAUGCCAUACAAAUAAACAAUAGCUUCCACAAUGGAUCGGGACAAAGCUAGCCUGCCCCACUUCACCCCCCUGGAGUCCCCAGGUCUAAUGUCUCCCUGUACUUUACUGCUGGGUCUGGUCGACUGCAGGAAAACACCGGGGCAGAGUGGAACUGAGAGAGGAGAAGAGGAACAUGGAGAUAUGAUUUCAUUACGUAAGAACCAUGGGGACAUCCCUAAUCGUUGCUCUCUCAGUGGGAAGGGCUUAUCAUCUGGGGCACCUCGACAACAUCAUGAUGCUGAGGAGAAAGAGCAGAGUCUCUCCAGAUCAGAACACCUCAAGAAACACCAGCAGAGAUGUAUAGGGAAGAAACCUCACCGCUGCUGCUUUGACUGUGGGAAGAGUUUUGCUAAACAGAAGGAAUUGGAUCAUUCAUGAGCGGAUUCACACCGGUGAGAAACUGUACCACUGCUCUCAGUGUGGGAAGAGUUUAGCUGAUUCUAAAACAUUAAAUUGUCAUCAGAAAGUUCAUACAGGGGAGAUACUGUACCCCUGCUUUGAUUGUGGAAAAUACCUCAAUCAAUCAGGAGCCCAGACAACACAAACAAUAUAAUCAUUUUGCACGCCCAAUUUUUCAGUUUUUGAUUUGUUAAAGUUUGAAAUAUCCAAUAAAUGUCGUUCCACUUCA